UGCUCUGUUCCUCUGCAAAGACACUCUCCAGAAAAUUCUAGCACUGCAUCGCAAGGAGUAAGUUUGAAGGAAGCAGGUAGUUGUCAUCUUCCCAAUGUGACAAAGAGGACAAGAAACACUGACAUUCAGGCCCAACAGGAAAGGGAUGCAGCUACUCAAGCCAAGGUGGGGUAUGUCUCGCGCCCUACAUGGAAGAAGAAAACACGGCUGACUCACCAUGAAGCGAGUCUAGAGAUUCACGAGGAAGAGAAGGUUGGAAAAAGAAAGGGGGAGAAGACGAUUGAGGAGGCAGAAGCGGGCUCAAACAAAAAAGGUAGGAUCAAUGAUGUUAACCUCGUACAGGAUUCAACAAUUCAGGCAGUGGCUGUUGCACAGCCCCGCCUUUCCCAAUGAUUGUAUUGAGCUGGAACUGCCGGGGGCUUGGGAACCCCUGGACAGUUCGAGUCCUUCAUCGAAUGGUGAAGGAAAAGAGACCCAGUUUGGUCUUCCUUAUGGAAACCAAGCUAAACAGGAAGAAAAUGGAGUCUAUUAAAACUAGGCUUGGCUAUGAUGGAAUUUUCGUGGUGGAUAGCCAUGGGAAAAGUGGAGGUCUAGCACUAAUGUGGAAGUCAUACAUUUUGAUUACAAUACAGAAUUACAGUAGACGACAUAUUCAUGCUAUUAUACAGUUGGAUAGCACCGCAAAAGAGUGGAAAUUUUCAGGCUUCUAUGGCCACCCUGAAGUGGCUAAGAGACCAGGUUCAUGGUCUCUUCUCAGACAUCUUGGUACUUUGGCUCCGGAUCCAUGGUUAUGUGUAGGGGACUUCAACGAAAUAAUUUCUGCUGUUGAAAAAUCAAGCAAGACCAUUAGGCCCCAGGGUCAAAUGCAAGCCUUUCGUCAAGCUCUGGAGGACAGUGGCCUGGCUGACUUGGGAUUCACAGGGCUGAAAUUUACUUGGUCCAAUGGGAGAAGUGGCGGAGAUUUCACGAUGGAAAGACUGGAUAGGGCUGUAGCAAUUAUGGGGUGGAAUGAGUUGUUUGAUGUGGUGGAAGUGUUUGUUCUAGCCCGAACUCAGUCUGACCAUCAUCCAAUUAUGGUGGACUUCUCUAGCACUAAGGAUAUACAGUGGAGUAAAUGUAGACAUUUCAAAUAUGAGGCCAGUUGGUCCAAGCAACUAGGCCAUAAGGAAGUCAUUAAGCAAGUAUGGAGGAAAAAAGUUAAACAUCCCGAUCCCUGGAAUAAAAUCCAAGGAAAAUUAUCUAGGUGCAGAAGGUCUCUGAAACAGUGGGUGAGAAAACAGAUCAAUACAGUGGAGGAAAAAAUUCAGAAGAAAGAACAGGAUCUCAAGGUACUUCAAAUGCAAGAUCACGUUGAUUUGCCGGAACUAGAAGGCCAAUUAAAAUCAGAAUUGGACUCAUUACUCGAGCAAGAGGAGCUGAAGUGGAGGCAGAGAGCUAAGGAAAACUGGUUGAUGCACGAUGAUCGCAAUUCAAAGUUUUUCCAUGCCUAUGCCAACUAGAAGCACAACCGAAGCAGACUGAAGCAGAUCAAGGAUAAAGAGGGUAGGAUGUGCUCAUCAAAGGAAGAAAUUGAAGAGGCCUUUGUAGAUUAUUUCAGUGACCUGUUCAAGGCUGGAGAAUCUCUGGAGGUGGAAGCCUGUGUGGAGGUGUUGGAAAAAAAGGUUAUUGCAGCAAUGAACCAAAAACUUUUGGCUGAAUUCACCAUCGAGGAGAUUACAACUGCUUUAAAUCAAAUGUCACCUCUGAAGGCACCGGGGCCAGACGGUUUUCCUGCAUGCUUCUAUCAACAUAAUUGGGCCACUGUGCACCCUGAGUUGGACCACUUUAGAUGUUGGAUUCGAGAUGGACCACGAAGCAGAUGCAGCCAUUUGGCGUAGUGAUAUCAAUCUGGUUAUGGCAAUUACUACUUUUGGGUGAUGUUGAAGGUCAAGAUUUUGAAGGUCACUCAUGGCAAUUACUACUUUUGGGUGAUGUUGUUGGCUUAGCAUUUGAGGCUCGAUUGUGUAUUAAGAAUUUUGUUUGGAUCUUUUAUAUCGAUGAUUUGUAUAGUGUGAAUUCAAUUAAUGUAAUAACUCUUGGUAGAUGCUCUAGUUGUAAUUAAUAGAAUAUUUAAUGUUUUU